AUGCCUCCUCCGAACAGGAAACAGACCCACAACCAUGGACUAGGGAAAGCGCUGAUGAACCAUCGGGCAAAGACCAAGAAACUGGAACAUGAGCGAGAAUUGCAUACGACAGCUGUCUAUGAGAACAAACCGAUCUCAGUCACUCAAGAGAGCGAUCUCGAAAACUUCCUGAACACCGCUGCGAUGGCCGGCGUCGACUUCACUGCGGUCCGCCAGAACGUGGUGAUUGUGAACUCAGGCAACUCGAUCGGCACAGGGAACGGGCCGAACCCGUUCCUGCUCUCGCCCGACGACCAAGCCAAAGUGGCCGAGAGCCAUCGGGCGCACAAGGAUCUCCUGCGAGUGCCGCGGCGACCGAAAUGGUCGGAAUCGACCACGGGAGCCCAACUCGACCGUCUCGAACGGGACUCGUUCCUGGAGUGGCGCAAAGGGCUCGCAGAUCUCUCCGACCAUCGCUCGUUUCUCUUGACCCCGUUCGAGCGGAAUAUCGAGGUCUGGAGACAGCUCUGGCGGGUCGUCGAGCGCAGCCAGCUGAUCGUCCAGAUCGUCGAUGCCCGCAAUCCACUCCGGUUUCGCUGCGAAGACCUCGAGAAGUAUGUCAACGAACUUUCGGAUGAUGCUCUCACCGCCCUCGAGCCUCCUCCGCCGAAUCCUCCAACCGUUGGCGGUCCCCAACGACUCAAGACUAACCUCCUACUCGUCAACAAGUCCGACUUGCUGACUGAGAAUCAGAGGGCACUCUGGGCCGAGUACUUCGACAGCCAAGGUAUCCAGUACGCCUUCUUCUCCGCCGCCGACGCCGUAGCUCUCCAAGCCAUCCAGGAAGAAGAUGAGCUAGAAGAAUCAGAUGAUGAUGAUGAUGAUGAUGAUGAUGAUGAUGAUGAUGAUGAUGAUGAUGAUGAUGAUGAUGAUGAUGAUGAUGAUGAUGAUGAUGAUGAUGAUGAUGACAAUGAUGAUGCUCAGAACAGUUGGGAGGACGAAGAGGAUAACGAAGAGGACGACGAAGAAUCAGAGUCGAGCUUGACCAGUCAGCCAUCGAAGAAGCCGCUCACACCAGCUUCCAAACCAGACCCUGUCGAGCUAGAUCACCACUCCCCCUCAGCCCCAACCAAAUUGAAUCAGCCGACGGCAACUACAAGCGUACCCAAAUCCAAGACGAAAAUCUUGACGGUAGCCGAGUUAGAAGAUCUGUUUCUCCGCCAUGCAGAGACCCAUCUGAGCAAGCCCGCAACAGACUCAUCUGAGGAGGGCCAAGCACGGAAAUUGGUGGUCGGUCUAGUAGGCUAUCCGAACGUCGGAAAAUCAUCGACGAUCAACGCCUUGGUGGGGGCCAAGAAAGUGUCAGUGUCGGCGACGCCGGGGAAGACGAAGCACUUCCAGACCAUCCACCUUUCGCCGGAAGUCAUUCUGUGCGAUUGUCCGGGCCUAGUAUUCCCGCAAUUUGCGUCGACGAAGGCGGAGCUGGUGUGUGACGGUGUGUUGCCGAUCGACCAGAUGCGGGAGCACACGGGGCCGAUCAGUCUGAUCACCCAGCGGAUCCCGAAGACGGUCCUGGAGGCAACCUAUGGGCUGCAGCUCGAGACCUUGCCGGUGGAGGAGGGCGGGGACGGGAAAGUGACGGCGAGCGAGUUCCUGACGACGUAUGCGAUCGCCCGGGGCGCGUUCACGGGGGGAGGCGGGAUGGGACGCCCCGAUGAGUCCAAGGUGGCCCGGCCGAUCCUCAAAGACUACGUCUCCGCCAAGCUGCUCUACUGCGAGCCCCCGCCGGACCAAGAUCCCGACGCCUUCAACGCCGAGAGUCGCGAGCUCAAGCUCAUCAGCCAAGGCCACCGGAAACUGGCCCCAACCACUCGGGUGCCGUUGAACAGCGACACGUUCGUCAAGGGCGUCGUCGGCAUCGACCCCCAGUCCCGCCAAUCCUCCCGCUCCCAGGCCCUCGACCAAAACUUCCUCAAAGACGAAAACAAGCAUGCUGACAAGAAGCUCAUCAAGGUUGGCAUCAAAGGCCGAAGGUCCCUCGUCGAUCGUAACCUGCUCGACACCGUCGGCGACCUCUCCAAACUCCGCGUCUCCUCCGACCUCAACCUCUAUUCUAUCGACAACCAGGGUAACCGCAUCGCCGUCCGCCAUCCCUCCAAGCAUCUUCCUCACCCCCCAACCGCCGCUCCUUCUGCCUCCGCCUCCAAAAAACACUUCAAAAGAAACCCCAAUCUUCUGAACGGUAAGAGCAAGAAAAUGCGCUCUGGAAGAGGCUACGACGAGUCGUGA